AUGGCUUCGCCAAAUCUCGACAACGGUGGGCCCUCGCGCCAAUUCCCGCUCGACCCGUCCGAAUUCGACAGCGACCCCCGGAUUUCGUUCUCUAAGCUCGAUGACAAGUUUAUUCUGGAGACAGAGGAUGGACAAGAAUUUUCGUAUGAUUCUGCGAUCAAGCGAUGGGUUCAAGCCGUGGACGAAGACCUGUUACGACAACAGCAAGAAGCGUACAAGGUCGCUGGAGUAGAUGAAACUGAAGAAAGCCACCCUCGUGACAGGAAGAAGCGCAAACAGCAGGAUGAUGCCGAUUCAAAUAAACCCAAGAAACAACGCGUGAAUACAGCGGUAUAUGUCACAUCAAUUCCUCUCGAUGUUGAACUCGAUGAGCUCCGAGACCUCUUCUCUAAAUGCGGCGUCAUUGCGGAGGAAAUUGACAGCGGUCGCCCCCGAAUCAAGAUGUAUCUGGACGAUGAUGGCAAAUUCAAGGGUGAGGCCUUGGUUGUCUAUUUCCGACCCGAGUCGGUCAACCUUGCCAUCCAGAUGCUUGACGAGACGGAGUUCCGACUUGGGGCCCCAGGUGCACUGGGACCUAUGAAGGUCCAGGCGGCAGACUUUUCGUAUAAGAGCCAACAGGAUGCGCCGCCAAAGACCAAUAUGCGUGAUAAGAAGAAAAUUAUUGCACGUACGCAAAGGCUGAACAAUAAAUUGGCGGACUGGGACGAUGAUGAUCCCGCGGCAGCACUCCCAGAGACCAACUCUCGUCAGGAAAAGACAGUGAUUUUGAAGCAUAUGUUCACAUUGAAAGAAUUAGAGGAGGACGUCGCUGCCAUCCUUGACAUCAAGGAAGAUAUUCGGGACGAGUGUUCUAAGAUUGGAGACGUCACGAAUGUGGUUCUCUAUGAUAAGGAGGAGGAUGGUGUGGUCAGUGUCCGGUUUGCCGACCCGGCAGCUGCGCGACAGUGCGUUCAGGCUAUGGAUGGUCGAUUCUUCGGUGGAACACGUGUUGAAGCAUACGUCUCUCAAGGCCGUGAGAAAUUUAAGAAGACCAAUGAGCGUCGGGCGGCUCUGGAGGAUAUGCUCGAGCGUGGGCUUGAUGCAGAGGACGAGGAAGAGGAGGAGCGCCUCAACCAAUUUGGCAACUGGCUGGAGAAGGAGGAUGCUGCCAAGUGA